AUGGCGGAAUUUUCAACAUCCAUUCAGUUUCUUUCAGACAGGGUAGACGCUGCCAACAGCCUUAUGAAUGAUAUUAAAAGAGAGUUCAGUGAGAUUAAAAAAGAAAACGAACAGCUGCAGAUGAGUAACAAGUUGAUGUCUAGGGAACUGGUCGAACUUAAAGAUCGAGUACGUAACCUGGAACAGUACAGCAGAAGGAACAAUGUAGAGAUAAGCGGCAUUCCUGCGACACCUAACGAGGACGUGAAUAAAAUUAUUCAAGACGUGGGGACAGCUAUCGGCAUGGAGGUGCAGAAGGAAGAUAUAACAGCUGCGCAUCGCAUUCCUAUCUACAAGAAGGAACGUAUCCCCUCAGUUGUGGUCCAGUUUCGAGAAAGAAGUCUACGAGAUACUUGGAUUUCCAAAUUCAGAGAAACGAAGACCCUAAAUGUUUACCAAGUCAACAAACACUUCCCACAAAACCAAAUAGUCUGCGUGAAUGAACAUCUGUCACCGGACAACAAACUGUUCCUCGCUACACUAAAGAAGAAGUGCCGUGAGUUAACCUACGCCUUCGUUUGGUGCCGUGAAGGAAAAUUUUUUAUUAGGAAAAGUGAGGGAGGGAAAGUGCAGAGGGUUAACUCUUUUCAUGAGAUAGAAAAUCUGAAGUGA